GGAAUGGUUUAAGAGGAGGAAACUUAGUCAGCAGAUAAUUAGUCUUUUUAAAUAAGCACAAGGAGAAAAAAGAAAACCUUCCAUUAGUCUCGUAUUUGUAAAAGUUGUCAGCAAUCCUGCUUUGAUUGUAAAGGGUUUACAGCUAUAUGUUUGAAUAGCUAAAACAUCUGUUCAGCAAUGUUGUGAAAUCCUUGUGUUCGGAGCGCCUGAUAAGGGGGACUGCUGAGCGAUUGGCUCAUAGAGGCUCUACAGGCAGCAAGGGCUGUACAUACAGUGGUCACUGCUUGCCUUUUCUCCUCCUGGUCAGAGGAAAACGUAGGAGACAGCUACUAUUUUACGUGUGAUUUUCCUUUGAGAGGGAGAGAGCAGGAAGUGCCUAGGAAAUGGUUCAUGACAGAAACCUGGAGUUGUAAAUAGGAGAGAGGAGGAGGAGGAGAGCUCAUGGGUGCAGUUUGUGAACAGUUGAAGUACUGAUACCACAGCAGCAGAGGAAAACCAGACUUCUACAAGAGUGAGCACAUCCCAAGCCAUCCCAAUGGAAGGAGAGACAGUACCCGAAGCCAGGAGAGCACCCAGCAAAGCCACACGGAUCGCCCUCGGCAUCUUUGUGAGUGGCACUGUUGUGCUUGGCACUGCACUUUUCUUGGUUAGCCAAGGUUUUAUAAAGUUUCAUCCGAAACAACAGUACUGUUUGACCUCAGAAUGCAUUGAAGCGGCUGCUGGCAUCCUAAGCAAGAUAAAUCAAUCUGUAGAUCCAUGUGAGAACUUUUAUCGAUUUGCAUGUGAUGGCUGGAUAUAUAAUCACCCUAUUCCUGAAGACAUGUCAAACUAUGGUGUUUAUCCUUGGCUGCGACACAAUGUGGACCUCAAACUAAAGGCAUUGCUUGAGAAACCUAUCAGCAAAAGACGAGACAGUGAAGCUGUACAGAAGGCCAAGAUCCUUUACGCAUCCUGCAUGAAUGAAAAUAAAAUUGAAAAAGCGGACGUGAAACCCCUGUUAAGUAUACUGAGGCAUUCACCUUUCCGCUGGCCUGUGCUGGAAUCUAACAUUGGAACUGAAGGGCUGUGGUCAGAAAGGAGGUUUAGCUUAGUCCAAGCCUUGGCAACGCUUCGUGGUCAAUACAGUAACUCUGUCUUCAUCCGUUUAUACGUGGCUGCUGAUGACAAAAUCUCCAAUCGAUACAUCCUGAAGCUUGACCAAGCAAGCCUGUCUCUUGCAUCCCGAGAGGAUUACCUAGAAAACACCACAGAAGCCAAAUCCUACCGAGAUGCCUUUUUGCAGUUCAUGGUUGAUACAGCAGUGCUGCUGGGUGCAAACGCCUCACGAGCUGAAUCUGAUAUGAAGUCCGUUCUAAGACUGGAAGUUAAAAUAGCUGAGAUCAUGAUUCCGUAUGAGAAUCGAACAAGUGAGGUGAUGUACAAUAAAAUGAAUAUAUCGGAGCUUAGUGCUAUGAUUCCACAGUUUGACUGGCUGGGAUACAUCAAGAAGGUGAUUGACACCAGACUGUACCCUGAGCUCAAAGAUAUAGGUCCUUCAGAAAAUGUGAUUGUCCGUGUUCCCCAGUACUUCAAAGAUUUAUUCAGGAUACUAGAAAAUGAAAGGAAAAAGACUCUUGCCAACUACCUGGUGUGGAGGAUGGUUUAUUCAAGGUUGUUUAAUCUCAGUAGACGUUUUCAAUAUCGGUGGCUGGAAUUUUCUCGGGUGAUCCACGGAACCACAACUCUGCUGCCUCAGUGGGAUAAAUGUGUGGACCUCGUUGAAAGUGCACUCCCUUAUGUUGUGGGUAAGAUGUUUGUGAAUGCCCAUUUUCAAGAAGACAAGAAAGAGAUGAUGGAGGAAUUGACUGAAGGAAUUCGCUGGGCUUUUAUUGACAUGUUGGAAAAGGAAAAUGACUGGAUGGACUCUGAAACAAAAAGAAAAGCUUAUGAGAAGGCAAAAGCAGUUAUGGCAAAAGUGGGUUACCCUCAGUUUAUAAUGAAUGACACAUAUAUUAAUGAAGACAUCAAAACACUGAAGUUUACAGAAAGUGACUAUUUUGGCAAUGUGUUGCAAACUCGCAAAUACGCAGCCCAAUCUGAUUUCUACUGGCUUAGAAAAGAAGUUCCAAAAACAGAGUGGUUUACAAGCCCAACUACUGUAAAUGCUUUUUAUAGUGCAUCUACGAACCAGAUCAGAUUCCCAGCAGGAGAACUGCAAAAGCCUUUCUUUUGGGGAAGAGAGUAUCCUAGGUCAUUAAGUUAUGGUGCCAUAGGAGUCAUUGUUGGCCACGAGUUUACUCAUGGAUUUGAUAGCAAUGGUCGGAAAUAUGACAAAAAUGGAAAUUUAGACCCUUGGUGGACAACUGACUCUGAAGAAAGUUUUAAAGAGAAAACAAAAUGCAUGAUUAAUCAAUACAGCAAUUACUACUGGAAGAGAGCCGGCUUACAUGUGAAAGGCAAGAGGACUUUGGCAGAAAACAUUGCAGAUAAUGGGGGUUUGCGAGAGGCUUUCAGGGCAUACAGGAGAUGGAUUACAGAAAAGAGGGGAGGAGAAGAAGAGCCUUUACUGCCAGGCCUUGAGUUCACACACAACCAGCUUUUCUUUCUGAGCUAUGCCCAUGUAAGAUGCAACUCCUUUAGACCAGAAUCUGCAAGAGAACAAAUAUAUAUUGGAGCUCACAGCCCUCCUCAGUUCAGAGUUAUCGGUGCCAUGAGCAACUUUGAAGAGUUUCGUAAAGCUUUCAAUUGCCCAACAAAUACAACGAUGAACCGAGGGGCAGAAUCCUGCAGGCUGUGGUAGAUGUCUCUUCCAGGUCUUCUGUCAAGAGGGGUCUGCAAUGUGAACCGCUGCACCUGAGCAAAAGAGUUUCAGAAUAACUUUCUGCAAUCUGAAGAGGUGUUACUUCAGAUGCAUCUCCUUGUCCAUGCUGAUGACCUUCAUGGAUUUAAUUACUCUCUAUUCAGAGCUUAGAAACAUUCAAAAUAGAAGAGGAUAGGUUUUCUGUAAUAAUAACAAAAAAAGGAACUCCUUUUAUCCAUAAAACUACUGCUCAUCUACAGUUGUUAAUGGAUAACUGCCAUUAUCAAUUCUAAUUCCUGAUUUACAGUUGAGCAAGAGGUAAAUGCUAAAAUCCAGUUUUAAUCUAUUGCUCUUCAGGGGUGCUAUGGAGAAUGCUUCUACACAAAAUUUAUUCUUUCUGGAUGAAGAAAUUCACAAGACCUGUUAUAAAGCCAGCUCUGAUUCACUGUGUGACACAGCAUUUUCAUAACUUAAACUGUCACUGCCCAGCAUACCAUAAAUGGUGUUGCAUGAUGUAAAGACACUAGAUUUCAUAUAAAUUUGGUUUAAUAUGUCAUAUUAGUGCCUCAGGUUUUGGAACAGUUCCAGACUAAGAAAGCACUUCAUGUUUUCCAUCUGCUAGGACUAAACAGAAAGGAUACUUGUCAGAUCAUGGCCUCUUCUAAUUUUAGAACAGCUUAUGAUAAAAAUCAAUGUAUGGUGAAAAUCAGAGGCUUUCAGAGGGAACUCCCAGCACCUGAUACUCAGGAAUAUUACAGCACUUAUUCCUGUUUACAGUGUAGGCACUUUUUUCCCCAAGGGGUGAUUUUUUACCUUGUGCUGAAGGUAACUUCAUCUACAUUUAAUUUUAAAUCUGAAAUUUUAUACCAGUUUUAAUUUAAGGAUUUCUUAGUGUCUGGGUCUUACAGAGGAGUGUGAGUAGUGUGCAUGUUUGUCCUCAUGUUCUGGACAGGGCAGGGUGACUUGUGAUUUUAAGGAAAUAAGAAUAUGUGACUGAAAAACAGGGUACCAGUACAAUUUGACUUCUCUGGAUAAAAAGAACAAUUCAGGAGUAGAGCACAUUUAAAUACAAUAUCGAUGCAGGCCAGUUGAGUUUUUUAUCUGAUUUCUAACAAUAUUCAUAAACCCCAUAUUUGAUUGCAGCAGAAAAACUUUAACACAUAACUGUACUAAGGGGGAAAAAACAAAGCAUCCUUUUCUUCCCCAGCAAAAAAUUAUAUAUUUAAUUGGUAUUUAUUUAUGCCUUGUGCAUGAAUUCAUUUUUACAUGGUGGAAUUGUCUCAAAUGGAGAGAGAGUUUCUUUAGACUGAUUUAAUUACUGCAAAUCUAUAUAUGUCUCUGUGUAUAUACUUUUAUAUAUAUAUAUAUAUAUAUAUACAUACAAAAAUGUAUAAAUUCUUCUAUUUGCUUAGAUUUCAUUUUAUCAGUAUAAAAAUAUUAGUAAGAUAAACUUUUUUACAAGGAUUGGUCAAAUAUUGUUCAACAGUCAAGGUGGAGAAAGGUUCAACUGAAGCUAAGUUUUUGCAAAUGAGGUUAGUUUCCUAUGUUUCUUUAUAAAGAAAGGGAACAUCAUGGAAACAUAAAUUAUGGAAGGAGACUGGCCCUCAAGCUACAUUCCAGAGAGAAGGAAUCAGACACUCCUGAACUCAAGACACUGUUGCCACUUCUUAGAAACAAAAUAUGUUUUGAGGCCAGGACUUGCUUUUUUUCAUUUUUUUUUCCCUGAAAAAGUCAGCUUUCUUAAGAGGAAAAACACUUUUGCUUCUUUCAAGCCAGCUCUAUUCCUGAGUUUAUGAAUUACAGUUUGUCAUCUGAAUUGCCACUACUAAAUUAUUUUCCUGGAGAUAUUUUUCACAUAAACUGUGAUGGCAAUAUUUUCAUAAACACUUUAAUCAAACAAGCAGAUAUGGGUCUUGAGCAAAGUGAUACUGUUUGCCUAUGAAUGGGAAAGUUCCUUAGCAAAUCGAGUACUGUACUGAAUUAAUUCCUGUGCUCAUAUGAGCACUGACAUGACUUGAUGUUGACUGCUUUGGAUCAGCAGCACAAAGUUCAGAGGUGACAUCCUGGCCCCAUUAAAGGUAGUACCAAUACGGUCGUUGUCCUCAGACAAGUCAGGACAUCAGCUCACUUAUCUAAACUCUUUAAAUUAGUGGGAUAUGCGAAGCUGGUUUCACAACAGUCAGCUUUAAGUUUUUUAAUUUUGUCUCUCAGAUCAGAGAUGCAUUUGCAAGAACUCCUUUCUCAUGGCUGUUUUCCAGUGGGAUGGAUUCUGUCAUUUUGUGGUUUAUGGGGUUGUUUCUCUGUACUGGAUAGUGAUUUCUUCUAAAAUGCCUGAUAUUUGCUGCCUUAAAUAUCACUCUUGCUGCUUCUUGCUAAGCUCAGGUCUUUCAUGUUUAAUAUCAAGGAUUUUUGAACUGUGAGAUGCAUAUCCCCAACAGCACAGGAACCACUGAAAAACUGUUUCAUCCUUUCUAGGGCAUCUCCUGCAGCAAGCAGUGGGUCAAGUCCUGGGCUGGGGGGAUAUCAGGGAGCUGGAGGGUUUGGGGGCAGUGUACUAAGAGGGAGGAAGAGAGGGCAUGACCAAAUUUUGUAUCCUGAUUUUAGAUGUUGAGAGGGGGCCUACACAGUGCCAGGAAAGAUAGAAGUCCUUGCUGCUGACUGGCACAUUCUCUGGUAGUAGCCCAGUUUGGGGAAUCUUUGCUAUUGACUCAGGUUUUCAGUGCCUUGGGCUUAGGUCUUGCAUAUUCCCAUGGGAGGAUCCUGGCCUGCCUCACCUGCCUGCUUUUUACCUCAAUUCAAACAGCUGAUGAUGCAAUUUACAGUUUACUUGAAAUCAGCUAUUUAGGUACCAGUUGGAAAGCAAAGCAGAAGGUAAUUAAACACAUUCCUAAACUUGGUCACCAAAGAUAUCCAAAACAUAAUGACAGUUUGUGAGGGCUCUUCCCCUUGCCUCUGUUUUAUCAGACUCCCUGGACCUGCUGGGUUUUCACAUGAUGCUAGCAAUGUCUUGCUGUGUUGCUAUCAGGCUCACUUAUUAUGUCUACACAAACAGAUCCUUCAUCAUAUAUAUUCUCCUAGAGCUUUUAAAUUGUGAUAUUUCUUGUCAACCAUAUUGUGAAAUGUUUCUACCUGUUGGCUCCACAAUCUUCUUGUCUUCCAGUGAUCAGGAAGGAAAGGAUCACCUAUGAAUGAAACAUUUUUACCUUUGUAAAUUUGAAGAGAUAUUUUUCUACCGUGUAGACAUAAAGAAAAACCCUUUACUUCUGUCCCGUGUCCCUUUCUUUAGGUCCUAAAAAUAUGUAAACCUCCUAUCCUAUCCUAUCCUAUCCUAUCCUAUCCUAUCCUAUCCUAUCCUAUCCUAUCCUAUCCUAUCCUAUCCUAUCCUAUCCUAUCUAUCCUAUCUUAUCCUAUCCUAUCCUAUCCUAUUCCUUGUUUUUCUGGCCCAACCCUGAAAAUGCUAAAACACCACCUUAUACACUGAGUAUUUCUGCUGAUCACUUUGUGAAAAAGCUUUGCACACAAGUAGCUCUCUGAAAAGGUGGCUGUGUCAUUCACCUGUGUAAUCUGCUUAGGUACAUAAAUGAUGUUCAUUUAUGGGUCUGGAUGCUGAAGGACCAAAAAACCCAGCUGCAUUAUAAAACUCUGCCUUGUGCCUUGUGCAAGGAGACUUCAGCAUUCUUUAGGUAGGAACACUAUCAUGACACUAAAUGUUUGAAUUAUUUAUAAAAUAAUCUGGUGGUUUUACAUGUAACUUUUCAUUGAAUAUUAUUCAACAAAUUACAGGCUUAGUAGUAUAUCUCACAGCAAUGUUAUAUAUAUAUAUAUAUAUAUAUACGUAUAUAUCUCUCUAUCUCCAAGGAAAUAUUAAAAGCCUGGCAAUUCAAGAGGCAGAACUAUAGUGAGUUAAAAGGGUUUUUGUGUUAAUGUCUUGUUAAUCUGUUUUUUCAUUUUGCUAAUCAGUCUAUUGUCCUUUCUAAUUUUUCUUCUUGCAUAAUACAUUUUUGUUAGGCAAUAAGAGCCAAAGUGAUGAAGAAUUUUCCUAUGCUUGCAUAGUGAUGCAAAAGCUGCUUGGCCUGUCACUGUCUAACUCUACAAAUGUAAUAGAUAGUCUUUGUAAAAUUUAAUAAAGAACAUAAUGGCAUGGCCCCAGGUUCUCAAGGCUACCGUUCCUGCUUGACAGGCUAAGAAGGACCUCCUCUCUCAGAAGAGUUGUCUAGCCAUCUUCAGACAGAGUUUAUUAAGCUGCACAUGCCACCACUAUUCUGCUGGAGGCAAUUAACCAUAGGAUGUGCUACUGUGGUUGAGAGCUGGAUUCUGCAGAAAUUGCAGAAAGGCAGGUGGCAGAGUUGUCCCAGUCAGAAGCCACCAGAGCAUAAGAAGGAAUAGAAGAUCCACCUGCCUGUCAGCCUCACUCUUCUCCUCUUGCCCCAGUCCAUUCCUGUCUCAGCCCACUCUUUGUGGCUUCACCUGCUCUUCAGUUGCUUUUAAAAGCAUUUUUCAGAAGUGUUUUUAAUAGGAUAACUCUAGCACCAGGCCUGAGUGAACUGCAGCUCAGUGAUGUCUCUUCCCAGCCAGCACAAAGGGGUAGUUUUGCUGCCUUCCUAGGCUGUGGUGUGACUUCAGGAAGCUUAGCUUGCUGCUGUCCAGUGUACUUCAUGAGCCUGACCAAGCAUUUUUUUAAGGGCUGUUCGAGCACAGGAACCAUGCCAAGGUCUUACACAUUACCAGCUUUGUUCUU